GCGUCCCACGGUAGUUAGUUACUUGUAGAGGGAGUCGGUGUGUGUUCUGGAGUGGGAUAGUCUCUGAUACGGAUAGGGGAGUCUGGAUACACAUUUACCCUGAGAGUCUGCGGUCACCUGAGCGAUCAUCAUGCCGGUUUUCCACACGAAGACGAUCGAGAGUAUCCUGGAGCCGGUGGCCCAGCAGAUCUCCCAUCUGGUCAUCAUGCAUGAGGAGGGGGAGGUGGACGGGAAAGCCAUCCCGGACCUCAGCGCUCCUGUAGCGGCCGUGCAGGCGGCUGUCAGCAACCUAGUCCGGGUGGGCAAAGAGACAGUUCAGACCACUGAGGAUGCCAUCAUGAGGAGAGACAUGCCUCCUGCCUUCAUAAAGGUGGAGAAUGCGUGCACUAAACUGGUUCAGGCAGCUCAGAUGCUGAAGUCUGACCCGUAUUCAGUCCCGGCCAGAGAUUAUCUGAUCGACGGCUCCCGCGGGAUCCUGUCCGGCACGUCUGACCUUCUGCUGACCUUCGACGAGGCCGAGGUUCGUAAAAUCAUCCGCGUGUGUAAAGGCAUUCUGGAGUAUCUGACUGUAGCAGAGGUGGUGGAGUCCAUGGAGGAUCUCAUCACUUAUACCAAAAACCUGGGACCCGGCAUGACGAAGAUGGCGAAGAUGAUUGACGAGCGCCAGCAGGAAUUAACCCAUCAGGAGCACAGAGUCAUGCUGGUCAACUCCAUGAACACUGUGAAGGAGCUGCUGCCCGUCCUCAUCUCAGGCAUCAAGAUCUUCGUAACCACCAGAACGUCUCAUGGAAAAGGUGUGGAGGAGGCGCUGAAGAACAGGAACUUCACGGUGGAGAAGAUGAGCGCAGAAAUCAACGAGAUCAUCCGCGUUCUGCAGCUCACAUCCUGGGAUGAGGAUGCCUGGGCUAAUAAGGACACAGAGGCCAUGAAGCGAGCGCUGGCUCUCAUUGACUCCAAAAUGGCCCAAGCCAAAAACUGGCUCAGAGAUCCUCACGGCCAACCAGGAGGUCCAGGUGAACAGGCCAUCCGGCAGAUCUUAGAUGAAGCUGAGAAAGUUGGUGAACUCUGUGCCGGGAAAGAGAGACGAGAUAUUGUGGGAACAGCCAAAACACUCGGACAACUUACAGAACAGGUGUCUGAUCUGAGGGCCAGGGGUCAGGGUGCUAAUCCGGUGGCCAUGCAGAAAGCCCAGCAAGUCUCUCAGGGUCUGGACGUCCUGACGGGGAAAGUGGAAAACGCGGCUCGAAAACUGGAGGCAAUGACCGGUUCCAAACAGGCCAUCGCUAAGAGGAUUGACGCGGCUCAGAGCUGGCUGGCGGAUCCUCAUGGUGGCCCAGAGGGAGAGGAGAACAUCAGGGCUCUUCUGGGAGAAGCCAGAAAGAUUGCAGAUCUGUGUGAAGAUCCGAAAGAGCGGGAGGAUAUCCUGCGCAGCAUGAGCGAGAUUGCAGCGCUCAGCGGUAAACUGGCCGAGCUCAAGAGAGCAGGUAAAGGGGAUACUCCAGAGGCUCGAGCUCUGGCUAAGCAGAUCGCCACGGCUCUGCAGAACCUGCAGUCUAAAACCAGUAAAGCAGUGGCAAACACUCGACCGGCCAAAGCAGCUGUUCAUCUGGCCGGAAAGAUGGAGCAGGCUGGACGCUGGAUCGACAACCCCACGCUGGAUGACAGCGGCGUCGGUCAGGCUGCCAUCCGCGGUCUGCUGGCAGAGGGCCGUCGUCUGGCCAAUGCUCUGCCGGCGGCUCAGCGUCAGGAGCUGCUGGGUAAAUGUGAGCAGGUUGAACACCUGAUGGCGCAGCUGGCGGAGCUGGCGGCUCGUGGAGAAGGAGACAGUCCACAGGCCCGCGCCAUCGCUCAACAGCUACAACACACACUCAAAGAGCUGGAGGGUAAGAUGCAGGACGCCAUGACGCAGGAAGUGUCCGACAUCUUCAGCGACACCACCACUCCAGUUAAACUACUGGCUGUAGCAGCGACGGCUCCUUCAGACGCUCCCAACAGAGAGGAGGUGUUUGAGGAACGGGCAUCAAACUUUGAGAAUCAUGCUAGUCGUCUGGGAGCCACGGCGGAGAAAGCAGCGGCGGUCGGGACCGCAAACAAGAGCACGGUGGAGGGCAUACAGGCGGCGGUCAAAUCAGCCAGAGACCUGACGCCACAGGUCGUCUCCGCUGCUCGAAUCCUGCUGAAGAAUCCUGGAAACCAGGCGGCGUUUGAGCACUUUGAGACCAUGAAGAACCAGUGGAUCGACAACGUGGAGAAAAUGACAGGUCUGGUGGAUGAAGCCAUAGACACCAGGUCUCUGCUCGCCGCAUCAGAAGACGCCAUUAAGAAAGAUCUGGAUAAGUGUCAGGUGGCCAUGGCCAAUCACCAGCCUCAGAUGCUUGUCGCCGGGGCAACCAGCAUCGCCCGACGGGCCAAUCGGAUCCUGCUGGUGGCGAAGCGAGAGAUUGAAAACUCAGAGGACCCGAAGUUCAGAGAAACGGUGAAAGCGGCUUCAGAUGAGCUCAGCAGAACCAUCUCUCCAAUGGUCAUGGAUGCCAAAGCUGUGGCCGCAAACAUUAAGGACCAAGGCCUUCAGAGGGGCUUUCUGGACUCUGGAUUUAAGAUUCUGGGUGCGGUGGCUAAAGUCAGGGACGCCUUCCAGCCGCAGGAGCCCGAAUUCCCUCCUCCACCUCCAGACCUGGAGAGCCUGCAGAUAAGCGACACGGCUGCUCCUCCCAAACCACCGCUGCCCGAGGGUGAAGUUCCUCCACCCAGACCUCCACCGCCCGAGGAGAAGGACGAAGAGUUCCCGGAGCAGCAGGCCGGAGAGAUGGUCAGCGAGCCCAUGAUGGUGGCCGCACGACAGCUCCACGACGAGGCCCGCAAGUGGUCCAGCAAGGGUAAUGACAUCAUCGGUGCGGCGAAGCGCAUGGCUCUGCUGAUGGCCGAGAUGUCUCGUCUGGUCCGGGGCAGUGGUGGGAAUAAGAGAGCCCUCAUCCAGUGCGCUAAAGACAUCGCUAAAGCCUCUGAUGAGGUCACGCGCCUCGCUAAAGAAGUCGCUAAACAGUGCACAGACAAACGCAUACGGACCAACCUGCUGCAGGUGUGUGAGAGGAUCCCCACCAUCAGCACUCAGCUGAAAAUUCUGUCCACGGUGAAGGCUACAAUGUUGGGCCGCACCAACAUAAGCGAGGAGGAAUCAGAGCAGGCCACUGAGAUGCUGGUCCACAACGCUCAGAAUCUCAUGCAGUCCGUGAAAGAGACUGUCCGAGAAGCUGAAGCCGCUUCCAUCAAGAUCCGCACUGACGCCGGCUUCACCCUGCACUGGGUCCGCAAGACACCCUGGUACCAGUGAGACCACAACGCACAUACCCAACUAUGCAUUUCAGUCCAUAAAUGUCCAAUGCAGGCCCGUCAUCAAACUCCUGGAUUAUAUAUUCCAUAUUUUGUUCUUCUUUUCAUUUAAAGCAUAGGUCUCAAACUCAACUCCUGGAGGGCCACAGCUUUGCUCAGUUUUGCUCCGACCCUGAUCAAACACAGCUCAUCCAACUGAUCAACACCUCGAUUACCACCUGAACACCUCGAUUAUUUGGAUGAGCUGUGUUUGAUAAGGGUUGGAGCAAAACUGUGCAGAGCAAAACUCCCCAGGAGUUGUGUUUGAGACCUAUGAUUUAAAGGGACAGUACACCCAAAAAUGAACAUUUGUUUCCGAAAAGUGAAUUUCUGUUGAAGAAAAAGAAGAUAUUUUGAAGAAUGUCAGAAACUGGUGGCCACUGACUUCCAUUGGAAUAGUCAAUGGUUACUUAUUUCAUGAAUCUAUAAAAUAUCUUUUAUAAAAUAUCUUUUAUUCAGCGGAAGACAGUAACAGGAGAGUAAAUUAUGACAUAUUGGGAAUUUCAAGUGCUCUGUCCCUUUAAUUUGAUGAUUGCAUUUCUAAUUUGCAAAAGGUUAUAUAUAUAUAUUUGUUCUGGUGGAUUCCGGUUCUAUAUUUAUGAGGAAAGUUUAAUCCUGUUAUUUCAGAAAGGUCAUUAGUUCUGAUUUGACAAUGUGUGUGCAGACUGAAAAAGUCUACAUGAAAAAACAAAAUGUCUUUGUCGCAUUUAAGUUUUUGUCUUGUUUCUAGUUCCGAUAUCUAAACAUGAUUAAAUCAAGAACUAUUUCAGUCCAGUACAGAAUAUUGCUUUCCUUUCAGAAGUCCCAUUAUUUAAUUAACGAGUAAAAUAAUAUGCCCGUGGUGAAAGAAAAACACACUUGUCUCAAACCAAACAACAAGAUUAUUUUACUUCACUCCUGGGCUGAUCAUCUUGCUUGUUUUAUGGAAAAAGUUCAUUUUAAAAGUUUAAUUUGGACUUAUCAUUUGUGAAAACAGGCGGUUCAUUCCACUGUGGCGACCACAGAUUAAUCAAGCGACUAAGCUGAAAAGAAAAUGAAUGAAUUUCUGAAAACAAUUCAAUAGUUUUUACUUGCCUAGAGCUUCAUUUUAAGGAUGUUUCAGAUAUAUGAACUAGAAACAAGACUGAAACUCUUAGUAAGACAACAUUUUACAGUGUGCUUAUACAUAUAAUAUCUCACCAGCACCUCAUGUUCACUUUUUGAACGUAUUAUUAAAUGCACAAUUGUUUUUUAAUUAAAAAAACUAAAAAAAUACCAUCACAAAUAAUGGAUUAUAAACUCCUCAGAGUUAGUGGACCAGUGAAAUCUUUCGUUCAGGGAUCCGACACUGCAAACCAGUACUGAAAUGAAGAGUUAAUCAAACACGUGACCUGGUGCUUCCUGCAAUCUAUGCCAAACCAAUGUGUUUGCAUUAUAUAUCCACACACACACACACACACACACACACACACACACUGCCGUCCUCAUAUCUCCACUGUGCUCAUACACUACUAGAAUCUCUCACAGAUGCACACUCAAGUAUAUUUAUAUGAGUGAGAUGACAAUGCUCUUUGCCUUUUGUAUCGUUGAGCAGUUUUACUGUAAAUAAUGUGUUUAAGGACAGCCUGGAAGACCUUCAUGUGCCUUGUCAUAAUAAAAGAACUAAUUAUCACAA